AGGCGCACUGCACUGAGGAGGGAAAGAGCAGCUUCUGCACCCUGCGUAGUGCACUUUAUUCACAAAGAGGGAGUAUUUGGGACUUUGUCACACGCAUGAGGCGCCGUGUGUCGUCUGUUGAGAAAGUGUAGCAGGGAUUUACACACGCGUUAGUAUGGGGAAGAAGAAGGGCCAUGGAGACGGUACAGGUUUAGGAAGAGCUUUAAUGAAGGAGAGACUGAAUGCAGCCCGAGGACACAGAAGAAACGACACAUGGCUCCACACCAGUGAACUGAAUGACGGGUAUGAUUGGGGUCGCCUGAAUUUGCAGUCUGUAACAGAGCAGAGCUCUUUGGAUGAUUUUCUGGCCACAGCUGAACUCGCAGGAACAGAAUUUACUGCAGAGAAACUGAACAUCAGAUUCGUACCAGCUGAAGCCAGGACUGGCCUACUGACAGCCGAGGAAUCCACGAGACUGAAGAAACUUCAUGAAGACAACAGACAGUUCCUCCGCAUCCCACGAAGACCACACUGGGAUGAGAACACAAGCCCCGAGCUCCUCCAGCAAGCCGAAAGAGACAGCUUCCUGACAUGGAGACGAGAGCUGGCAAGGCUGGAGGAGGAGCAGAAGCUGAUUCUUACCCCUUUUGAGAGGAACUUGGAUUUUUGGAGGCAGCUUUGGAGAGUUAUCGAGAGAAGUGAUGUUGUAGUUCAAAUAGUUGAUGCCAGAAACCCUUUGCUGUUUCGCUGUCCAGAUCUAGAGAAAUACGUCAAAGAGGUUUCCAGUCACAAGGUGAACAUGCUACUGUUGAACAAAGCAGAUCUGCUUACCCGAGAGCAGCGUCGUGCCUGGGCCGAGCACUUUCAGAAAGAAGGCAUCAGAGCAGUGUUCUGGUCUGCGCUGGCCGAGGCACAGCGGCUGGAUGCUGAAGAAAAGGGAGAAGAUCUCGGUGACCUUGAGGACCCAAGUGAUACAGAACGUAAGGGAGCCACAGAGAAGCCGUCAGUUCACCACAGUGGACCUGAGGUCUCACAGGAGAGCAGUCAAGAGGAAGAGGAAGAUGAUGAGGAAGAUGAUGGGGAAGAUGACACAACAGCGAGUUUUGAGGACUGUACUUCAGAGGCAGACUGGCACACUUGCUCGGAGGCAUCAGGAGACGAAGAGGAGAAAGAGAAGUGUAGAGCGUCUUCAGACUGUGCUUCUUUUUAUAACUCAAGCCAUCUGCUGCGCAAAGAUGAACUGCUAGAAAUGUUUAAAUCUGCACAUUCUGGACCCAAGUGUAAGGAGGGCCAACUCACAGUAGGACUGGUGGGUUAUCCUAAUGUUGGCAAAAGCUCCACCAUCAACACCAUCUUUAGGAAUAAGAAAGUCUCUGUUUCAGCUACACCUGGACAUACAAAGCACUUUCAGACAUUGUUUGUUGAACCGGAUCUUUGCCUGUGUGACUGUCCUGGCCUAGUCAUGCCUUCCUUCGUGUCCACCAAAGCCGAGAUGAUCUGUAGCGGGAUUCUCCCCAUUGACCAGAUGCGAGACCACGUCCCAGCCAUCUCUCUCGUUUGUCAGACAAUUCCACGAGCUGUGCUGGAGGGAAUCUAUGGCAUCAACAUCGUCAGACCGAGAGAGGACGAAGAUCCGGAUCGCCCUCCCACCUCCGAGGAGCUGCUUUCAGCUUAUGGAUAUAUGAGGGGCUUCAUGACAGCACACGGUCAGCCAGACCAGGCCAGAUCAGCCCGCUAUGUUCUGAAAGACUACGUUAGCGGAAAGCUGCUCUAUUGUCACCCUCCUCCCCACAUCAACGCUAAAGACUUCCAGCCUCAGCACUUAAAGUUUGUAAACCAAACUAUUAAGAGUGGUCCUUCCACGUGUAUCAGUAAACCUCCCAAGGUCAAACAGAUUGAAAACACUGUUGAUAAAACCUUCUUUCACCAGGAAAACGUCCGUGCACUAACAAAGGGAGUGCAGAUGGUGAUGGGCUACAAGCCUGGCAGUGGCCUGCAAGCGCAGGGAAAAGCAGGCGCAGAACAGCAAGAUGGGAAACCAUGGAAAAAACACGGCAACAGGAACAAGAAGGAGAAAGUGAGAAGACUCAAUAAGCACCUGGACGCUUGAACGUUGCCCUGAUUAUGGAAGAUGAACAAAGACACUGAAACAGUUCCUAUCUGAGGCUGACUGGGAAUGGGAAUAUCUGAAUAUCAAAUAAAAGCCUCUUUCUGAGAAUCCCUUCACAAUUCCACCAUGACAAUAAUAUAUUUCCGCAUGAUCCAAAAUGAUUUUGUAUUAAUGCCACAUUUAUAAUAAAUGAAACACCCCUCUUGAUGGGUCUCUUGAAAUUGCCCUUAUGUGGGAGUGUAUGUAUGUGUCCGUGGUGCCCUGCGAUAGACUGGUGUCCCAUCCAGCGUGAUUUUCCAGCCUCACACCCAGUGUUCACGUGAUAGGCUUUAGAUUAUUCAGCUCAGGGUUGCUGUGAAAGUGGUUAUUAAAAGAGAGAGGAAGUGUCAUGUUUGGACAGGGCCUUUUCCACAUUCUUUUGGAUUUUUUUUCCUUAAAGUGGAUGUCAAGGGUUUUCUCAGUACAUAUAGAAAUGAAAUAAAAUGUGUAAAUAAAAUAAAAUGUGGUUUAGUGUUCAGAA